GGGAUGCUGGGAAUGAUUCUGCAUUAGCCUGGCGCUCUGAAGUUGUGAAGCCCUCCGAGCAUUCUGCAGAUGUGUCUGCAGGGACGACUUCACCAACUCCUACCCUGGAUGCUGCACAAAAGCCCAGCUCCUAUGGCAGGGGUCCUACGACAGGAGAAACCAAAGACUUGGCCGGCAAGAAAUUCCAGGACCCAUUAGAAAUCAUGUGGCAAAUGCUGAAGGAAUGUCUGCAGAGAAGACAAGAAAUCAAAGGAGAGCCUGUGCAGAAGGAAGCAUUUCCCGGAGGAAGCAGUGGUUCCGUGCCAGCCUCUGCUGCAGGAAGGGAGGCCAUGCCAGGCACAGACACAGGAGACUGGAAUCGUGACAUGGGUUUUCAGGAAGUCCUGAUGAAGGAUGGUUUGAAGUUCCUGGAGGAUGCUGGAGCUGAACCUGCUGGUGAAGGUCCCACAUCCAGGACUGAGGCUCUGGGAGAUGCUGAGGGUGUGUCUGCAGGGAGGACUUCUCCAGCUCCAGGGCUGGAUGCUUGGCCCCAACCCAGCUCCCAUGGCAGGGGUCCUCCGACAGGAGAAACCAAAGACAUGGCAGGCAAGAAAUUCCAGGACCCAUUAGUAAUCAUGUGGCAAAUGCUGAAGGAACGUCUGCAGAGAAGACAAGAAAUGAAAGGAGAGCCUGUGCAGAAGGAAGCAUUUCCCAGAGGAAGCAGUGGUUCUGUGCCAGCCUCUGCUGCAGGAAGGGAGGCCAUGCCAGGCACAGACACAGGAGAUGAAGUUGCUGGGAAGGCUUCUCCAUCAGCAUGGAUGAAUAAAGUUUUGAAGCCCUUGGAGCCUCCUGCAGAUGUAUCUACAGGGAGGACUUCUCCAGCUUCUCCAGCUCCUACCUUGGAUGCUAUACGCAAGCCCAGCUCCCAUCACAGUGGUACUCCAACAGGGAAAGUCCAAGAUACAACAGAUAAGAUGUCCCUGCAACCAUCCAAACAGAUUAGGCAAGAGCUGAAGGCACCCCUGCAGACAAGAGAAGAGAUGGACAUAGAGCUUCAGUGGAAGUUGGCAUUUCCUGAAGGAAGCACUCCAUCUUCGGUGCAAGCUCCUGAUGCAGGAAAGAAGGCAAUGCCAGACAUGGGCACAGGCACAGCAGACUGGGAUGCUGGGACGGUUCCUCCAUUAGCGUGGCCCUCUGAAGUUGUGAAGCCCUCUGAGCAUUCUGCAGCCAUGUCUGAAGGGACAACUCCACCAACUCCUACCUUGGAUGCUGCACAAAAGCCCAGCUCCCAUCACAGGGGUCCUACGACAGGAGAAACCAAAGACAUGGCAGGCAAGAAAUUCCAGGACCCAUUAGAAAUCAUGUGGCAAAUGCUGAAGGAACGUCUGCAAAGAAGGCAAGAAAUGAAAGGAGAGCCUGUGCAGAAGGAAGCAUUUCCCAGAGGAAGCAGUGGUUCCGUGCCAGCCUCUGCUGCAGGAAGGGAGGCCAUGCCAGGCACAGACACAGGAGAUGAGGUUGCUGGGAAGGCUUCUCCAUCAGCUUGGAUGAAUAAAGUUUUGAAGCCCUUGGAGCCUCCUGCAGAUGUAUCUACGGGGAGGACUUCUCCAGCUUCUCCAGCUCCUACCUUGGAUGCUAUACGCAAGCCCAGCUCCCAUCACAGUGGUACUCCAACAGGGAAAGUCCAAGAUACAACAGAUAAGAUGUCCCUGCAAACUUCCAAACAGAUUAGGCAAGAGCUGAAGGAACCCCUGCAGACAAGAGAAGAAAUGAAAGGAGAGCCUGUGCAGAAGGAAGCAUUUCCCGGAGGAAGCAGUGGUUCCGUGCCAGCCUCUGCUGCAGGAAGGGAGGCCAUGCCAGGCACAGACACAGGAGACUGGAAUCGUGACAUGGGUUUUCAGGAAGUCCUGAUGAAGGAUGGUUUGAAGUUCCUGGAGGAUGCUGGAGGCAAGUUUUCAUUCUGCCUUUCCUGA